AUGUUCUUAUGCGAUCCAAAUCCUCAUCUUCGAGUAUACUUCUUGUUUUAUCUCUCACUUCUAACCCUCCCUACUGCUUAUGUUGUCGUGUUUGGAGAAAGAGUUUGGAUGAAAAUUGCUUUUAUCUCUCAGUUGAUCAGAUUGGUAUUUGUAGGACUUCAUAACGCCUUCUACCCUAUCUUUGUUGCUGCGUAUGUUGCAGUAGGAUUCGAAGGAACGCACCCUGGAGCCAGUGCUGAUGAGAUUCUGUUUCACUCAGUUUCCUAUGGAGUGAUGAUUUUCUUCAUGAGUAUGACAGCUUCCUUAUGGGAGCCUGCCAAACUCUACCAGAUCUAUCGCCUCCAAAAAAUGCUAGAGACAUCUCGUAACGGUUCAUUGGCUGGAUCAGAGGCCGAUAUUGAUGAAGAUGAGGAAGAGUUGGCAUCUGUCAGCGAAACGGAAAGCACUAAUCUUUCGGACUCUGGAUAUGUUGCCCAAGCUGUUUGA